AUGGACCCCAUGGGUCCUUCUCACCGAUUGAAGCCUGUUGAUUGCACAUGCAUGUCACCCUGCUCAAAGUCGUCCCAAUCAAGUGUCCCGACAUGCGGUACAACGAACCUCAGUCAUGCUCGCUUGGCACUGUCCACAGUCCACUCCUCCAGAGUAUCUGCUAACUUCUCAAAUUGUUCUCUCUUGAUUAAUCCUACGUCCUGCGGAGCAUUCAAAAUUAGCACAGUAAUAUUGACCAUGGGAAGGCGAUACCUAGGUGGCAGCGGCGAUGCGCUCACAGUCUGGAUCUCCAUUGCUGCUUCAACAGUCUUGAUCUUCUACGGUUACGACCAAGGCGUCUUCGGGAACAUCAUCAUCAACGCAGACUUCCUCGAGACAUUCGACUACCCUUCAGCAGACACGCAAGGAACCAUGACGUCCAUCUACAACAUCGGCUGCUUCGUCGGGGCCAUGUCCACAUUCUUCACGGGCGACUGGUUGGGCCGCCCACGACAGAUUCUACUGGGCAGCACCGUCAUCGCCAUUGGGGCCGUAAUUCAGACUGCCAGCUAUGGCGUGGCGCAAACGAUGGUAGGCAGAGUCGUAGCUGGCCUCGGCACCGGUAUGAACACGGCAACUGCGGGAGUCUGGCAAGCGGAAACCAGCAAGAUGCGCUCGAGGGGCAAGCUCGUUAUCAUUCAGAUGGCGAAUUGUAUCACGGGUUUUUCGAUCUCGAAUUGGUUGACUCUAGGCUUUUCCUUUGCUCCAAGAGAUGUCGCGUGGAGGUUUCCGUUGGCGUUUCAAAGCUUCUUUACGUUGUGUAUUUAUGCUAUGUGUCCGUUUCUGCCGGAUUCGCCGCGGUUGCUGAUUCGUAAGGGAAAGCAUGAGGAAGCGUUGGAAGUUCUCGCGGCGUUGGAGGGACAUGGUGCUACGGCGGAGUCGUCGUCGGUGCGGGCACAGUUUGAUGUCAUUAAAGACAUCUUAGACCGUGAACACCUGAAUACGUACAGCUGGUGGGCACUGGUUACGGGUCGUGGACCGUCGGGUGUGCUUCGCCGGAUGUUAUUGGGAGCGUGGAUGCAAGCUAUGAACCAGAUCAGCGGCAUCAACGUCACAUCAUACUACAUGUCCUACAUCUUCAUCAGCGCACUCGGCAUCUCAGAGCUCCUUUCCCGCAUCCUGGCAGCUUGCGGCUCGGUCGAUUACUUACUCUUCGCCUGCUUGGCAUACUUCGUGAUUGAGCGAUACGGCAGACGUAAAGUCAUGAUGUGCAGCGCCGGAGCGUGUUCCAUCUGUUGGAUAGUAAUUGCAAUCGCUACUGGUCUGACCGAGAAAGGGGGAGACAGCUAUGUUUUGGGCUCUGUCGCUGUGGCUUUCUUCUUCGUCUUCUUUGCUUCGUUCGGGAUGGGUGUUCUGGGCGUUCCCUGGCUCUACCCAACUGAAAUAAAUGCCCUCGAAAUGCGGACAAAAGGCGCCAGCCUCGCGAUGGCAACGAACUGGAUCUGCAACUAUGCGGUUGUCCAAGCUACCCUGCCCGGCAUCGAAAACCUCGGCUACAAAUUCUGGGUUGUAUGGGCAGUCAUCUGCUUCGCCUUCAUCCCGAUCACAUACCUCUUCUACCCCGAGACAGCCAACAGGACUCUCGAAGAUAUUGAUCGGUUCUUUGAGACGAAGCCGGGAAUCAUUGUGGCGAGGAAUGAGCUUGCUACGCAGUUGGCCAGACCGCUGAUUUAUAUUGAGGAGGAUGAGCGGAUUGCGGGCGCGGCGAGGAUUGAAGGUGAUGGAGAUGUGGAGAAGGUGGAGCAUGGUGUGAGGGUUGAGAAGGUGAGUUGA